UAACCCUUUUGUAAACACGAGGGUGUCAAUAUUUUCCCCAAAAUAGUUCAUUUGGCGCUUGUAGAUCCCUCCCACACAUUUUGAUUACUCUCAAAUCUCUCCCGCCAUUUGAUUUGCAAGAAGAGGGAAACUUAAAAUGACCCAAAUCCAGAUUUAAGUACUUCCGAAAAUUUGGAGCAUUGUCCUAGAAAUCACUUUCAAAAUACGGGAUGGGAACAAUGGCUGUGGCUUCAAGUUCUGCUAAAGAAGUCAAAGCUUCCAAGAGAAUCAAGACCCCAGGAGUUCGCGUUGUGGGUGGAAGAAUCUAUGAUUCUGAGAAUGGAAGGACGUGUCACCAGUGCCGGCAAAAAACAAGGGAUUUUAUGGCAAGUUGUAAGAAUCAGAAGAGGAACAAACAAUGCACAAUUAUGUUCUGUCACAAAUGCCUCUUAAACAGAUAUGGGGAAAAAGCUGAAGAUGUGGCACUUUUAGAUGAUUGGAAUUGCCCCAAGUGUAGAGACAUUUGCAAUUGCAGCUGCUGCAUGAAGAAAAAAGGGCAAAAGCCCACUGGUCAACUGUUUUAUACUGCCAAAGCAACUGGGUUUUCCUCCGUUGUUGAAAUGCUUCAAAUUAAAGGACAUGCUGAUUUGAGUCAUGAAAAGAAGAUUGCUGUAGACGCGGUUACUUCUCCAAAAAAGCCUGGCACCCCAAAGAAGGGGUCUGUACCUGCUUCAUUACCAAAUCCAGGAAAGGAAAAUUCUUUUGAUGGAAACUGUGACGCUAACUUGAAUUCUCUGAACAAAACUGCUGUAAUGAAUGAGAAAAAAUCUAAGAAAAUGAAACGGGAAGGAUUAAAGGAAAUCUGUAAUAGCAAUGGGGAUGUUUCUUCAAAAAAGCCUAAGAUUUCUGAGGAAAUUGCUAAUAAUGAAAUGUCAAAAGUUGGCCGAGAAUAUUCUGAGAAAAAGAAGCUUGAAGUCUCUAAGGAGAUUUCCAACGAGAAAGAAAUUGGGAUUCUUCAGAUUGAUAGUGGGAAGAAAACUUCAAAGAACCCUAAAAUUUCUGAGAAAAUUGCUAAGAAAGAAAAAUUUAGAAGUUUAGAGAAAAUUUCUAAGAUUAGAAAACCUAAGAAUUCAUAUGGAAUUUUGAAGAAAGAAGUGGAUAAAAAUGACAAUGAAGGUGUUGAUUUUGCUGAGAAAAAGUAUUGUAUGACACGUGUUUUAAAGGAUGAUUCCUUGAAUCUAAUUACAGAGGAAAGAAACUGUGAUGCAAAUCAUGAGAAUGUAAGACUUCCAGCUGGUGUUGAAAUCGGUAACGUUGGACUGAAGGUGAAGACAGUUUUUGAUUCUCACAAUAUCAAAAAGGGUGCUACAGAAACCUUGAACAAAAAUUUUGCUGCCCAUAUUCAAUUGCCUCAGGGUGCCAGCUUAACAACUGUAGCUGGAAUUGAGCUAAAUUCUGAAGACGUUGGCCAUGCAUUACAAUUCUUAGAAUUUUGUGCAGCUUUUGGAAAGGUUCUUGGUUUGAAGAAAGGACAAGCUGAGUGCAUUGUUAAAGAAUUGAUUUGUGGGCGAAGUAGGCGCCAUGGGCAAUACUUUCCAAUAAUUCAAAUUCAUAUCAAAUUGUUGUCUUUGAUACUAAAGGAUAUGGGAGAAGAGUCUCCAUCAUUAAGCUCAACAAGUGGAAAAAAUUCAUGGUUGCAGGCUCUCAGGAAAUGCGUAACUGAUUCCAAAUGUGUGUUGAAUGAUAUUCCUUCUGAUUGUUUCAAUGGUGGUGACGAUGGAUAUGAUAAGUUAGACAAUGUAAAAAAGCUCAAGCUCUUGAACUUUUUAUGUGAUGAAGCUCUAGGCAGCACAUCCCUAAGGAGUUGGAUUGAUGAUCAAAAUUCAAAAUAUGUUGAAAAAAUGAAAGAAGCCAGAGAAAGUGUCGUUGCUGUGAAGGAUAAGGAGAAACGCUUGAAACAGAAAUUUCAAGAUGAGGUUGCGAAAGCUCUUAUUGCUAAAAAAAGUGCUCCUUUGUCUAUUUCUGAGCAUGAAGCAAUUGUUUCAGAAGUAAAAAGUGAAGCAGCUCAAGCACAUUCGGAGAUGCUUGAGGCAGUGGGCUUGGUACCCAAGAAGAGUCAAAGAUCUGAUGCUGUUAGAACAGAACCUAUUUUACUAGAAGAUGGUGGUGGUGCAACUCGCACCUUUUGGAAAUUGAAAGGCUACAGUGGUGAAUCACAGAUUUUGCUUCAAGAUCUGGAGGGAGCCCCGGAUGCAGUUUCACUCAAUGAAAAAUGGCUUACCUAUGAUGUGGACCAGAAACCAGAAAUUGAGAAAUAUAUCUCUUCAUUGAGGGCAAAAAGGCUUCGUAUUCAAAGGGGUACUGACUUGUUGACUAAGAACGAGAAUAGGAACGAGAGUGGGAAUGAUGAAGCAAACUCAUAGCAUAGUUUGAUUGGCUGACAUGUCAUCUUCAAAGUCCUCUAUGAUUAAGGUAAUGUAUCAUCAUGUAAUGUUUUGUGUUGUAUUUGAGGUAAUAGACUCAGUGGUUACUGUGAAAAAGAAAUUGAAGUGUCGACUGCCAUGGCCACGGCAACGGCAAUGGCCAGUCUAGUAUAGAAAUUUGAUAAUGUACCACUACAUUCAUUGAUCAAUGUUGUUACAAUAUGAUUAAACUAAAUCUAGGGUUCUCAUUGAUUAUUAUUAU